UCUGUGCUGCGUUUGAGAUCCAGACCCAGAUUCAAAAAUGGAGUUUUUGGACGAGGACGCAAGGCCAAGGUUCCUCUUCCAAUCCAAAGCAGUGACGUCAUCGGCAACAGAGGCCGAGCCUCAUUACAAGAAUCUCAGCAAGCCCUUGAUCGCCUUCACUGUUUUACUCUCAUUCGUUUUACUGGGUCUCUCUUUCUUCUUUCUUGGAUCGGAACCCUACCAAUCGCUUCUCAUUUGGGUCGCUCUGUCAAUCCUCGUCGGCCCGUUCGCUCCUCCUUCGGUCACCGGCGGUGACAUAAGGGUCGGUCAGGGCCCAAUCGUCGACUUCCCCGAGGUUUCAGGCGAGGUGGAAGAUGAAUCGAAGAAGAGGGUUUCGCAGAAGAGGCAAAAGCCGCGGCGGUCUGAUGAUUCCGGCGUGGAGUCGGCGCCGGUGGCCGGAAUGGGUAAUGGGUAUGUGAGGGAAGAGAGAAAGAGUGAGGCUUUGGGAGGUAGUGGCAAUGGGGUUAGGGCUUUUGAGGAAGAGAGGGAUUGGGUUGAGGAGGAUGUGGAGAUAUUGAAGAAGCAGCUGGUGAAGAACCCGGUGGGGAAACCGAGGCGGUGGGAGGUGAUUGCUGAAGCAUUUGGAGGAAGGCAUAAGGUGGAGAGCGUGAUCAAGAAGGCCAAGGAAUUGGGGGAGAAGAAGGUGAGUGAUUCGGAUUCGUAUGCCGAGUUUCUGAAGAAGAGGAAGCCCAAUGAGAAGAAAAUUGAGAGUGAGAGUCAGGAAAUGGGGGAGGAGAGCAAUGCUGAAGGCAAGAGUGGUGGGGUUAGUUGGGCUGCUACUGAAGACAUUGCAUUGCUUAAUGCAUUGAAGGCGUUUCCGAAGGAUGUGUCGAUGAGGUGGGAGAAGAUUGCAGCUGCUGUGCCGGGGAAGACAAAGGCGGCUUGUAUUAAAAGAGUGGCUGAGUUGAAGAAGGGUUUUCGGAGCGCCAAGGCUGCUACAGAAGAGUAAAUUGGAGCAAUGGAAGAUUGUCCGAUCAAUUUUGAUUUGGAAUUGAGGAGUGCAAUGCAGGAACCUUUUCUGUUCAGUGCAAUGCAGGAACCUUUUCUGUUCAGUGCAAUGCAGGAACUUGAGUUGCAGCUCGAUCUUCAAUCCACCACAAGUGUUGAUCAGGUAUUCAAAGGAGAUAUUUGCAUUAUUGCCACCAAGGAAUGGGAAAUGGAUUGCGCAACACUGCUGAGGUAUAGACUAUAGAGAAUGAAUUUCCAAUGGAUUAAAUCUGUAACUAGUUAACUACUGUUAAAACUAAAAUUACUGGAGUGGAUUAUUAUCAUUUGAAUGGACUGAAUUGAAUUGGGCAAGAUAUUUUCUUUGUUGGGUACUGAUA